CAGAAAACCAAAAGGAACAGCCGCCAACGAAAAAAGUGGGAGUUUCCGAACCCCCGAAAGCUGCUUGUCGUCCUCGGAUUCCUUUGAUGCAGACAAGGGACUCCGUACCACCAUGUGGUACUCGACAGAGCUGCCAUUGGCGGUGCUGGGAGACUGCAGAUACAGCCAGAGGCGCCGGCAGAUGGGCUCAUCUACAGGCCGGAACCAGAUCGUCAGGGUCUGUACUCCGUACGGUGGACGGAGUAUGUAUGUAGGGAUGUGCUGGAUGUACGGUAGAGUAUCAUACCUUGGGGAGGGUGGGCAUCCACGCCAUCGUCCGGUUGCAAGGUGUGGCUGUAACAGCCCUAGCUUGCAGCUUCAAAGCUAGCCAGGGUGAGGUCGCCGUGAACCGCUCGAAACUUUCCCAGCAAACCUUCGAGCACUGUAGCGACGCCAGGUAUUUUUCGCGUCUUGGCGGGAAAACCAAAAAAAAAAAAAAAAAAAAAAAAAAGGGGAAGAAGAAAAAAAGACUAAAAACAAAACCACGGGUUUCGUGCGCAGGGGACAGGGGGAGAGCGGCCAAGGAGAGUGGACGGACGCUUGUCACCGACGCAGCUGGUCAGGAUAGCACCGCGAACAGGGACAUACAGCCUCUGUAACCGAUCGUAUUUGAAUGGCAAAACCUUGGAAUGGCUCACAGAGCUGAAGCAUAUGAAUUUUUUUAUUUUUUAUUUUUUAUUAUUUUUUUGAAUUAUUCGUCUCUGUUCCUCUUUAUUUUAAUCCCGUAUUUCACGGCCUUGCCGUCCUGCUGAAUACCUCGCCCCUCCUCAUUCCAUUUUAUUAAUAUUUUAUAUACUUUUUUCCCCCCUUGCCUCCAUCUCUUUCCCAGGCCGCACUGCUUUGCUUUGGAACUCAUUUCUGCCCUCGCCAUCUUCACCAUGUCCGGCUUGGAUCUCUGACAUUUAUUUCCACUGGAAAGUUGAUCGUCGAGGUUUCUUUCAUCUUUCUUUAGCCCUCACUCACCAUAUUAAAACCUCAACUCGGAUCCAGCUCUCUUCGGUCUGAAGAGGCUGUGUUGUGGGUGCGGUCGUCAAGAUGUGGUACCCAACAUUGCGUAUGCCUCAUCUCAACUUCAUCCGGAUACACUGUGAGUGCGCUACAUGAAGCACCCCCCAGUUUCACCCGGCUGCCUCCGGAGACAGGGUCCUGAUUGGGAAUCGCAAAAGCCAGAUGUCUAUAUACUCGCGCUCAGCAUCGUCGGCACCAUCGUCCUCUAUCCGAUCAAGAAUAUGAGGGGGAUUGACGCCUUCUUCCAGGCCGUCAGUGGCUCCACCGUCACGGGCCUUAACACCGUCGACCUCAAGGAGAUGAGCCUCUACCAGCAGAUCACUGUCUGGUUCCUCCCGAUGCUGGGCAACAUGUGCUUCGUCAACGUCGUCGUCGUCUACGUCCGUCUGCACUGGUUCGAGAAGAAGUUCAAGGACAUCGUACAAUUGUCGCGGCUGCCGUCCUCAGAGCGUUCUCGUGCUCAACUGCUCUCGGUGAGCCCAAAAGCUCAGAGCAGCGACGACACAGCGUACCCGCACAACAUCAGAGUCCUGCGUCCCGACCCUGCUCAUGAGGAGGCCGAUUUGGUCAAUCUACGGCAGAGGCCAGCUGCCAAGAGGGACGAGUCAUCGGACUCUCCAACGGCAGAGGAUCAGAGUCCGUCGUCCGAGAACAACAACGCUGAAAGACCGCCCGCACAGCCUGGCCACAUCACCUUCUCCUCUGACACCUUCGAUAAGCCGAACCGUGGGAAGGCACUCAGAAUCCCUGGCCCACGGGAGUUUGAGAAGGGCUACAAGGUGCAGGAGGUUGAUGAUGAGGACGAUGCUGAUAUGACAAAGAGCAUCGAUGAUCCGUUUGGUGCCGGCCCUUCUGACGCCUAUCGAAAGCUCCCUGCCAUGGAAAGACUGCUUUCUCAUGCUGCUUCCUUUGAACAUGCUGCCUCAUCCGCUUUCAUUAUUGGAGGUUCCUCCAGAAGUAGAUCGAGGUCCAGGUCCAGAGGCCCAAUGAACAGGGUUUCAUCCAGAGGUGCCGCCACUCAAGCAUUGCCGUAUCUCUCUUAUAACCCCACGGUAGGAAGAAAUUCCAAAUUUUUGGGGUUGACUGAGGAUCAAAAGGAGGAGCUUGGCGGCAUUGAAUAUCGCAGCUUGAGAUUGCUGCUGAAAAUUGCCGGCGGUUACUAUGUCAUUGGGCACAUCAUUGGGGCCAUAGGCCUCAUUGCGUGGAUAUGGAACUCCAAUCCAAAAUACCGGGAUUACGUCCGUGGGGAGUGUGCAGUCAAUCCUACCUGGUGGGCGUUUUAUUCGUCCAUGACAACAUUCAAUAACCUCGGAUUCACUCUCACUCCAGACUCCAUGAUCAGCUUUCGGGACUCUACUUUCCCAAUGCUGUGGAUGACCUUUUUGAUCUAUGUUGGGAAUACUGCGUACCCAUGCAUGCUGCGGUUGAUCAUCUGGAUAGCCUUCAAACUUACUCCCGAAAGUUCUUCGAUUAAAGAACCGCUGAACUUUUUGCUGGACCAUCCUAGACGUUGCUACACCGUCCUCUUCCCAAGCAAGGUGACUUGGUUGCUAUUUGGCAGCUUGGUUUUGAUCAAUGGCUUCGACGUCAUCUUGUUCUUAAUCCUGGAUCUCCAUUACCCGGAGGUCACCGCAAUUCAAUCCGGAUGGCAUCGAUUCUGUGCUGCACUGUUUCAAACUGCGUCUGCACGCACUACAGGAACCUCUAGCUUCGCCGUUGCAAAUGUACAUCCUGCUGCUCAGUUCAGCUUGAUGGUAAUGAUGUACAUUUCCGUAUUUCCAAUUGCUCUUAGUGUCAGAGGAACCAAUACAUACGAAGAAUCAUCCCUCGGCAUAUUCGAUUCUACAGAAGAACUAGUAGAGAUGAAGCGGACGUCUUAUCUGGGUGUCCAUAUCAAAAUGCAGCUGGCCUUCGACUUGUGGUAUGUCUUCUUAGGUGUUUUUGUGCUCGCCAUCGCCGAGGGCAGUAAAAUAGCCGAUCCGAAUAAUCCUGGAUUCAACAUGUUUUCCAUCUUCUUCGAAGUAAUUUCUGCCUACGGAAACGUCGGCCUCAGUCUUGGUCACCCAGACGUAAAUACUGCGUUGACAGGAAGAUUUGGCAUCGUUGGCAAAUUGGUAAUAUGCGCCAUGAUGAUUCGUGGGAAGCAUCGUGGCCUGCCAUAUGAAGUGGAUCGUGCUAUUAUCCUGCCUGGCGAGAAACGCAUCGUCGAGGAAGACGCGAGGAUUGAAGCUAUGAGCCAUAAUUUAAGCCGUCGACAUACCAAUUAAUAACAAAAAUACGCCUGGGCUUUUACUCUCGAUAACCACAACUGACGCUCCAAUGUCAACUACAGUCGACUUUUUAACGACCCCCUUUUUCUCUGGGAGGAUAUUUGAUGCAAAAGAAAGAAAAGAAUUGAAUAAUGUAUGACAAAGCUUUUAGACCUUGGAAAGGAUGCCGUUAUUUCAUACUUCGUGAUCAUAUUAUGGGUGUUCUGGGGUAAGGGAAGACUAAAACCAUUUUAGUCGGUAAUCUGCAGCGAAUAUGUUCGGGACGCCAUGUUAAGUUGAAGCACCAACGCAAGCAAUGACAAUAGAUGAAUGCAUUCCAAUCUUUAAAUAG